CGGCCGCCCCAGUGCGCGAGUGUCAGGCUGAGGAAGGGACCCGGCGCAGCCUGGCGGCCGCCCCGCCCGCACCGCCCAGCCGGAGCCGGGCAGCCAGGGAGGCAGCGAGCGAGCGAGCGAGGGAGGGAGGGAGGAGCCCGGCCCCGGCGCCCGCAGCGGCGGCCCCCAUGAGCGGGCGGUGAGCGGGGAGUCGGCGGCCGCGGGAGCUUCCCGGCGCGGCGGGACCCAGCCAUGGACUGGCUCAUGGGGUCUGAAAACCUCGGUGCAGGAGAGGGAGGUGCGGCUGAUGGGAGUGACCUGAUAUACUACCAGUAUCCCAAGCAAGAUAAACUCGGUUACUUCUUGCAUGAAUUGUGCUGGCGACCUGGACUCAGGAAGUCCAAGGGAAAGCCAAAUGGUAAAAAGCCAGCACCGGAAGAGAAGAAACUUUACCUAGAGCCAGAAUACACAAAAUCCAGAAUUACUGACUUCGAAUUUAAGGAACUAGUGAUGUUACCACGAGAAAUAGACCUCAACGAGUGGCUAGCCAGCAACACAACAACUUUCUUUCAUCACAUCAACUUACAGUAUAGUACAAUCUCAGAAUUCUGUACAGGAGAGUCAUGUCAGACCAUGGCAGUGUGCAAUACACAGUACUACUGGUAUGAUGAGCGGGGAAAGAAGAUCAAGUGCACUGCUCCUCAGUAUGUUGACUUCGUCAUGAGUUCCGUGCAGAAGCUAGUGACAGAUGAGGACGUCUUUCCAACAAAAUACGGCAAGGAAUUCCCAAACUCAUUUGAGUCCCUAGUGAAGAAGAUCUGCAAGUACCUGUUCCAUGUGCUGGCCCAUAUCUACUCCUCACACUUUAAGGAGACUUUGGCACUGGAGCUGCACGGACAUUUAAACACACUCUACACACACUUUAUCCUAUUCAUCAGGGAGUUCAACCUUGUGGACCCUAAAGAGACCACCAUCAUGGACGACCUCACAGAGGUCCUCUGCAGCAGCAGUGGGAGCAGCAGUAACGGGAGCGGCAAUGGGAGCAGCAACAGCGCAGGAGCACAGAACCAUGUGAAAGAGAGAUGAGCCCUCCGACAGGAUCAAAACUAACAUUAAAAACAAUAUUAUAUAUUCUGUGUGUAUGUGUAUGUAUAUGUUCAGAUAUACAUACAGACAUAUACAGCAAUGAAAGCAAUUAUGCUGCCACCACCGGACGUGUAGUCGUAUGGGACUGUACGGAGCUUUGGUUUAAUGGGCCGCCUGGCAAGAAGUUGCACCAGUUUUAUUUUAUUUUCUGUCCGCUCCUCCUUUUACUUAUGCAGAUGGAUGAUGAGUGCUGUUUUUAUAGAAGAGCCAAGCUUGAGUGUGGGGCCACUCUUGUUUUUUUGGUUGGGUUUUUUUUUUUUUUUCUUCUUUUUUUGUUUGUUUGUUUGGUUGUUUUUUUGUUUUUCUUUCUUUGGUCUUGAGUGCAAGCCCUUUGUCUUUCUAGGAUGGUGGUCCUGCCAUUUAAAAAAUAUCUAUUAUAUUAUAAGAAGUGACUUUUACUUUGAAGUGGCUUAAAAUGCAGAUUUGUUUGGGUUGUUUUUUGGGGGUGGGGGUGGUUUUUUGGUUUGGUUUUACAUAGACUGCCCCUUACCCUGCCAAAAACUCCCCAGUUGAGUGCAUCUUGCCCUUUGUAAGCUUGGAAUGGGAAGAAACUCCUGGCUUGACUAGAGUAGCAACUAGAGGCUUGCCAUGUGUGGGAAGUGGGCAUGAUUCUCCAGUUGUCCCAUCUACCUGGUCACAACAUGUGAGCAUGCAAGAGGAUCCACAAGCCUUUCUGCUUAUUGCUCCUACAACGUAUAUACUCUUUUCUCUGCUCCCCUGCUUCCUCUUUUCCCAGGCACACCUCUACAAACAAAAAAGAGUAAGAUGACUGGAGUGCAAAACCCAUGUGCAAGAGCCACCACCAUUUGCUUCCCAUUGAACAGAGGCCCGGGGAGGAGGGAGAAGGGUACAUCAAGUCAGUCACCGCCUGUGCUAGAAAGAUGGCUGUUGGCAUAAAAUUAUAUUGUUGGCUUAUUUUAGUUCAUCUGUUCUAUAAUAAUAAAAACAAAUCUAUCAGCCA